AUGUGGAGCUCCUCUGCCACUGUGCUGGUGGCCACUUCAGGGGAUGUGGAGCAGGCAGGGAUGGUGGCAAGGGACUGCCUGGGGCUGCUGCUGCUGCUCCCUCCAUCGAUCAUCAGGGGACACUAGGCCAAGCCUCACCCCUGGCCCUAUAUGGUGUCCCUGCAGUUUGGGAGGGUUCAUGCCUGCAGGGCAGUGCUACUGCAGCAGCACUGGGUGUUGACAGCUGCACACUGGGGGGUUGGGGUGCACUCCCCGGUGUCACCUCUCUGCAGGGUGACUCUUGGGAGCCCCUUGGUGUGUGGGAAGCGGGCGGCGGUGGCCAGAGUGAUGUGCUUCAGCAGCCAUGAUGCCACCAACCCGUUCAAGCUGCCAGUCGCCACCUCCACUGUGAAGUACAAGAAAUGA